AUGGCCGCAGUGGAUGUAGGUGCUUCUCCCUACUGGGAGAAGCUGAGAGGAUUUGAUGCUGGAUUUGAUGUGGUCUGGGAGAAAAAGACAAGAACCAUGUGUGACUCGGAGGUUUUUAUCCUGAGCAACUGGGUGAAUAGAGUUGUCAUAUACUGGGCCCAGAAGUGCAAUCCUUCUUGGUCACCAGAAGCAGACAUUCCAGGAUCACCCCACAUGGGCUACCUGGGCCUUCCUGCUGUGGCUGGACCACAACUGCUGUGGCUGGACCACAACUGCCGUGGCAUACUUUUGGUUGAGGCUGGUCAUGUGGGAGCCACUUUGGAGAGGCCACUUACCUGGUACAGUCGGGCAGGAGCUGACAAAACUGUGACACAGCGUGAACUACAGGCAAUGGUCUUUUUGUUUGUCACUGGCCAACAGCCUCCGAAGAACAAGCGUCCAAAGGAGCCGGGAGAGAACAGAAUCAAGCCCACCAACAAGAAGGUGAAACCCAGAAUUCCUAAAAUAAAGGACAGGGACGCAGCUGACGGCACACCAAAGACGCAGUCAAUAAUGAUCCAGAUGCUGGAUAAAGGCCGCUUCCAGAAACCUGCAGCCACCCUGAGUCUGACAGCAGGGCAAACCCUCGAGCUUCGGUGUAAAGGGAACAAAAUUGGAUGGAGUUAUCCUCCCUAUCUCGACACCUUUAAGGACUCCCGUCUCAGCGUGAGGCAGCACGAGCGCUAUGGCCAGCUGACUCUGGUCAACUCCACGGCCGCGGACACGGGCGAGUUUAGCUGCUGGGGACAGCUCUGCCAGGGCUACGUCUGCAGGAAGGACGAGACCAAAACCGGCUCCACCUACAUCUUUUUUACAGAGAAAGGAGAACUCUUUGUACCUUCUCCCAGUUACUUUGAUGUUGUCUACCUGAACCCGGACAGGCAGGCUGUGGUUCCUUGUCGAGUGACUGUCCCGUCGGCCAGAGUCACCCUCCACAGGGAGUUCCCUGCCAAGGAAAUCCCAGCCAAUGGGACAGACAUUGUUUACGACAUGAAGAGGGGCUUUGUGUAUCUGCAACCUCAUUCCGACCACCAGGGGGUGGUCUACUGCAAGGCGGAGGCUGGGGGCAAGUCUCAGAUCUCAGUCAAGUACCAACUACUGUAUGUGGAAGUUCCCAGAGGCCCUCCGUCAACAACCAUCUUGGCAUCCUCAAACAGAGUGAGGAGUGGGGAUGACAUCAGCGUCCUCUGUACCGUCCUGGGGGAACCUGAUGUCGAGGUGGAAUUCAGGUGGAUCUACCCAGGACAGAAGGAUGAAAGGCCUGUGACGAUUCAAGACACUUGGCGGCUGAUCCACAGAGGACUGGGGCACACCACAAGAAUCUCCCAGAGCAUCCUGACAGUUGAAGACGUUGCAACCACUGAUGUAGGGUAUUACAUUUGCACUGCUCGGAAUCUCCAAGGGGAGACUACAGUAGCGACCACUGUUGAGUUUUCCUGA